AUGGCUUCGUCGGGACGGCGGGCAACCAUCAAUGACUUGCCCACCGAGAUCCUCCGCGAGAUCGUCGGCCUAGUCUGGCUCGACUCCAUCCCCAAGUCUUCCUUUCGCAACAUCGACCCGCACGGUCUGCCGUCAUCCUAUCCCGACGGCCGCAAGAUCUCGUCCACUCAAACUGAUACCCGCAAGACGCUCUACAAUCUCUGCCUCGUCAACAAGGCUUUCUAUCAUGAAGCACGGGUGCUGCUCUUCAGGCGCAUCCAGAUCACACUGCCUCACAGCUUCAACUUGCUCUUGAGGACGCUUGGUGCAUCGCACUUGGCGAGCGCCUACGAGAAGUAUGCAUCUACAGGAAGCGUCAAUGUGGAUCCUGCCGACCCGGCAUCCUUCGUCAAUAUGGUGGCAGCCGCAGGAUUCGCACAUGCUCUCGGACAGAAGCUCGUCGUCGGAGGCGGAUCAGCAUCGACACCACCCGUCAGCCGCGGUGAGAGUCCAGGUCCGUCGAAAGCGGCAGCUCCGUCUCUCGAACGCUCUGCCUCCUUAACUCGGAGCGGCUCUAUUCGCAAUGCUGUUCGUAUCAACGCAGACGAGGACGGCGAAGUCGAGCUAAUCUGGACGGAGGACGCGACGUCGACACCAGACAACCCGGUCUACCACGUCACACUUCGCGAGGAAAACGACGAGGAGGAUGCCCCCCUUCACAAAUGGGUGCGACUCAUUGACUUUUCCAACUUCCGCACCCAAGGCAUGCGGCGCACGAUCGGCGAAGGAAUCGACCGACGCUUUGUCACACCAGCGAGGCUUCUCGCCCUCGUCACUGCAGCAGAGGGGUUGGUCGCCUUUGGAGCCAGCGAAACCAUGGACUCGGCACUAUCGAACGACGUACUUGAAGCACUAUUGUUCCGAGACGGCGAGUACAGCAAGCCCAGCCGAAUGCGAGGCGUCUCGGUGGAGCGCAACAGCGGUCGCUCCAACAAGAUGCUGCAAAGCUUGGAUCUCUGCGAGUGCGUGUCUCCACGCUUUCAUGACGCCAUGAAGGAGUUUGUUGAGACACAUCUCAAAAAGUUCAGCGGGAGGAUGACCGACACCGUUGCAGAGGAGACCGAGUCGAGCCAUGACGAGGACAACAGCAUGGACGUCGAUGAAGAAGAGGAGCGUGGCCGUGGAAGAAGCACAUCAACGAGGUCGCAGACCAAGAGUCUCAGUCGAUCCGUGUCCACACGCCGCCGAGACGGAGAUGGACCCAGUCGUCAUCCUGCGAGGCCGACUGCUUUCCCAUCCUUGAACCGACUCGGCUUGUCGGGUGUGACGCUCGACAAUGACCUCCUCAAUCCGUUCGUGCUCGCCUUCCCUCGCCUCACACAUCUCGAUUUGUCGAGAACGAAGGCAGAUGCCGCGCUCCUCAAUGCAUUGAGUAGCUCGCACCAGCUGCAGCUCGAGAGUCUGUCUCUCGCAUUCUGCAAGCGCAUCACGUCGGAGUCCGUCACCGAGCUGCUCGUCGAUGCACCCUGCACGCAAGGGCUCGUCGAGCUGAGUCUAGCAGGAACGCUCAUCUUCCCCACCGCCAUCGACUCGGAAGACCUCAAGGUCAUCAUCACGCAGGCCCCCUGCUUCCGCUCUGGCAAGAUGCGAUACCUCGAUCUGGGCGGAUGCGCCCUUACCGACGAGCUUCUCGGCUUGAUCGGUCCUCAACCUUCGCUGUUGGACCUGGGCCUCUCGCACUGUCCCGACAUCAAGCUCGAAGCCGUCAGCAAGCUGCUUCGGGAACGUGCACCUAACGUCCAGAUCCUCGAGCUGUCCGACUCGUGCACCUCUCGCUCCUCCAACGAGGGUCUCGCCACCAACAUCCCGGGUUAUGACAGCCACGACUCUAGCGCCAUCAACGCGGUACAUCUGCAGAGCAUCCUGGUUGGACCGUGUGCCAAGACGCCGCCCAUCCCGAUCUCAGUCCAGCUCGCCAUGAUGGGCUUCAAGUCUGGCUCCGAGACCCCGCCGAGCUUGCCGGCGAACGUCAGAGCCGCGACCAACCUGAGGGUCGUCGGACUCAACUCGGCUUCACUGCAGAGUGUCAGAGGCGGCUUUGGUACGUGGAAGGUCAUCCGAGGAGCAGGCAGGAGAGGAUGGGUGGUGGACACGGCAGCAGGACCCAAUCCGGAAGCGAGCGACGAGGCUUUGGUGGAAGACGUAGGAGCCGUCGCCGGUUCUGCGCUUCCAACAAGCGCCGACGCAGAAGACCACAGCCCUUCGGGCGGCGAACCCAUGCGAAGAGGCCGAUCCGUUCGGUACGACGAAUCGUCGCUCGAACCCGGCUCGCAACUUCGCGUUCCUCCUUCCACCCACUCCCCCUCCGCCACCCGCCCAACCAUCCCCUCCAUCCGACGGGCACACUCGGUCGGCGGCGGAGGCGGCUCCACCUCGCGCUCUCGCUCGCGCCACAUCAUCGCAGCCUCUUACGCCCUUCCUUCGGAUGCAAAGCUGACGCCGCGAGACGAGGUGGUCCGCGAUCUGCCCGCUGACCACCCGCGCCGGCGGACACUGCAGCACCUCGCCGACUGCAACGGCCACGUCACGGGCGAUAUCGGGUGGCACAGUCGAAAGAUGGAGGUGCUGCUCGGGUUCGGCUUUUUGGGUCGAGAGACGGGAUUGUAUGCUCUACCGUCGUUUCAGGUGUAA